ACUCAGAUUGCAAAGCGAGUCUCAUCCGCCCUCACCUAAACUUUGAUGGCAGUAAUUGGCGCACGUUUUGCAAGUUUGAUGCGUUAAAACGAAGAAGAGUCUUCUGGAUACUCAUGUGGAUUACAUCUUUGUUUUGAACAGGAUAAGUUUGGAGAUCUAAAGUGGACACGGAGUCGAUGUCGGAGAUGCACUGUAAAUUAACUCUUAUUGCAUAAGAGCUACAGCAGCAGCCAUCGAGAAACCAGUACCAUGCAGGGAUACACAUGGAGUUCAAAUCAGCAUCCUUCGUCAAGGUGCCAAGAUCGGCCUCCACCUCAGUACCAAGAGCGAUUUCAACUUCAGUACCAAGAACGGCCUCCACCUCAGUACCAAGAGCGAUUUCAACCUCAGUACCAAGAACGGCCUCCACCUCAGUACCAUGCUGCCAGGAAUGAUCAACCCAAUGCGUUCCAAGGACAGUGCAUCCCACAACUUCAAAACACAUUACAGGGAAGAUUUUCCAAUGGACAACAAGAGGCUGCAAAUCAGUGGAGGGCUUGCUCAGGCAAUGUGAACUCUUCUGCUUUUCAACAAAAUGGAUAUAAUUGGUUGCAACGGACGAACCAGAUGCAUGCCCAGUACCAAAAUGGACCCUCCCACCUGCAGCAGCAUUACCCAUCUGACAACCCCAACGCAAAUAGAUAUAAUGGCCAGAUCAAGAACUGCAGAAACACAGACUGUAGUCAAGCUCAAAUGUAUUGGUCUCCACAGUUAGACCAUGGCUCUGUGGGUAACAGCAGGGUUUGGAGUUUUCACAGUUACAACAAUGGCAACUCUUGUUCCAUGAACAAUCAGCAACAACUUCAGCCUGCUAGAAUGGCUCCUCCUCCUCCUCCUCAUCAUCAUCAUCAACAACAACAACAACAACAGCAGCAGCAGCAGCAGCAGCAGCAGCAGCAGUUCUCUAGAAAAUAUUCAGGCAAAAAGCACAGACGGCACACACAACCCUAUUCCCGGGCCUGUAACACUGAAGUCUCCCAAAAAAUUUCUACCAGUCACGCUCAGAGCAGAACUGAGGCCAAUCAUACCUCUUGUAACUCUACGACACCACCUUCUGGAGCACAAAGCAAUAUCUUGUUGCCUUCCAAUAACUUAAACCAAAGUCCUGCUAACCAUAACCAGCCAGAACUGGGGUCAAACACAGGUCCAGAUAUAUCAGCGAUCCAGUCUCAGAAUAAUGCUGGACAUCAGUCUCAGGACACAAACAAUGGGACAUAUAAUGUUAAUCAGGCCUCCCAAAUGAUACAGACCAGUGAAGCUCAGCUUCAGUCCCAAACGAAAAAAUUGUCAUCUUAUGUUGACUCAUUAAUAUAUAGAUUACUGUGUUCAGAUAACAAUGAACAAGCAAAUAAGCAGCAAUCAGAUGAAAGAAUUGCACAUCAGAACACUCAACCAGAACAGUCGGAGGUUUGUGCGACCACAAGGACUGACAAUCAUUCUUUUCGUGAACAAAGUCCACAGUGUACAGUUGAACCGCCCAGCAAAAGAAUAAAGUAUGCUAUGAUUCAAAGAGACUGUUGGAACAAAGUACCAAUAGUACCCAAAGACAAAAGUGAUUUUGGGGUACAGUCUUCCCAACCUGGUACUCAGUCAAGUAGCAAUGAGAACAGACGUAAAGAAAUGAGCCAGCACAUGAUACAAUACAGUACGGACCCUGCAGACUGUCUUGAAGUGGUGUUUGCACUACAGAAAGCUGCUCAGCAAAGUCACAAGGCCAUAGCCAUCGUUCCACCCAUUUCCCAGCAGACCUCAAACACUGCACUGACGGCUGAUACCAGCCCAAAAAAAGCUGAAAGUCCACCAUUAAAGAUUGAUAACGUUUGGUCACUUGUUGAGGAGUCUACUGAACAAAAAACUGUGGGUGACAAGCUGUCUGAAUCCUCCACACAAAUGGCUCAACACAAGAGCAAAUGCCUUGAAAACAUGACUGAAAGCAACACUGAAGACGCCGAUACGUGCUCUGCUAGCCCCGUUGAAGUUCAAAAUAACGUGCAGCAAAGUGAUCCUUCAUUUGACUUGUCUACUGUGCCAGUGACCGAGUACACACUGGAGAAACUGAUGGACUUAGUUAAGUCUAUAGAGAUGGCAGAGCUAUCAGCUGGAUGUCCUGAGAAGUCCGAGAGCAUUUUUGAAAGGGUCUUGAAACUCUACUGGAAUGGGAAAUUUUCCAAUAUGUUCGAAGCUUUGAAAUCAUUUCAAGAGAUUGUGGACUUAUCCAAAGUAUAUGCGAAAGACUAUGAGUCUGUGGUAUUUAAAAGCAUUGAAACAGAAAACCUGAAGAAGCUAGCUCAUUGCGACAUUCUCAAACAUGAUGCUUUUUUAUCGCCGGAGGAGUUCAGGUCUUCUUGGUUAAAUGUUGAUGGACAACCAGCUGAUAUUGAAAAGGUGCUUUCAGAGCCACUGUUGGAUGACGUAACCAUGUUCAAGUCAUUGUCAGGUAACACUGUUGUCACUUCAGCGAGUUUAAGUGUGAAUUCCCUCUCAGAUAUGCCUGAGGUUUCAUCUAAAGAGAAAAGUGUAAAUCCAAACACGUGCAGCCCAACAGAUCUUGUCAUGCAAAAGGAAGGAAAUGACAGGGAGGAAGUGCCUGUGGAAAACAAUGGGCAUUCAGAAGGUGAGAAAGAGACAUUCGAGACACAAGAGGACAUGAAUCAAAACCAAAAACCUUCAGACAUCUCACCUUCAGCUGAAAGGUCUACAGAGAUACUGACAGACCUCAGUAAUGCAAAAGAAGCAUUCAGACAAGAUCAAGAGCAAACAUGUGAUAAUGUAUCUGAUUCACUUUCUCCAAACCCUGGAGACAGUGUUUCAGAUGGUGCAAAAAACUCAGAGGUGUCUACAGAGAUUCAUUGUAACUCCAUGGCUACAUGGCAGGUAGAAGAUAUUUCUGAUGAUGAAACUCCAGGCAAUAAAGAAGCUCUGAAUAGCUCCGCAGACACCUGGCUGGUAGAAGAUAUUUCAGAUGAUGAAAAUCCAGUAAGUAAUGAGACUGUUAAUAACAUCCCAGGAACCUGCCUGUUAGAGGAUAUUUCUGAUGAUGAAGAUUCUGGAAAUAAGGAGGCUGUUCUUAAUUCCUCAAAUGCCUUGGAGGUGAAAGACAUCUCUGAAAAUGAGAAUCCAGUGGUGGAAGAUGUUUCCACUGAUGAAACUUCAAGCAAUGAUUCCAUGUUUAUGGGAAUCACGGUGCUGUCAUCUGAAGAUGCUAGAACAUUCUUUCAUCAGUUUGAAAAGGAACCUGCAAACAAAACCAAAUCUCAGUCCAACUUUGACUGUUUUGAUGUACCCAGUCAACCUAGCUAUGAGUGCAACAAAGCAACUGCUUGCUCUCGCUGUGGUACAGAAAUAGCGAAUUCCACAAAUUCGACAAAGAUGGACAGUGAUGCUGAUCUUUUCUGCCUCCAGUGUUGGGAACAGGCACCACUGUUUGAGCUAGAAGAGGAGCCAAGCUCUCCUAUGACAGAUGAGGCCGAUCUUCUGGCCUCUCCUGCUAAAUCAAAAGGACUGGGUCAAAAUUAUAGUCUGCCAUGUGUUAAACUUGAAGUUAGUGAGCUGACACUGGCUUCAACAAAGGAAUGCACUGCAUAUGAAGCACUGAAAGGACAAAAAAGUGACUGUCUGGUAAAAUCAGAGCUAGGGGAAGAUUGUAGUCCACCAUUUCUUAAAAUAGAAGUCGAAGAGCCAACUGUUGCACCAAAUGAAGAAUGCAUUGCAGAUGAAGGACAAAAAAGUGUGGUUUUGGUCAAAUCAGAACAGGGACACAAUUGUAGCCUGCCAUUUCUUGAAGUAAAAGUUUUGAAGACACAGGAAUCAUGCAUUGAAGAGGAACAACUGAUGGGACAAAAACGAGACAGUAUGGUAAAAUCAGAGCUGGUAGAAAACUGUAGUCCAGCAUUUCUUGAACUGAAAGUCAAGAAGCCAGCUGUUACUUUAACAGAAGAAUGCAUUGCAGAUGAAGAACUGGCAGGACAAAAAAGUGUGGUUUUGUUUAAAUCAGAACGGGGACACAGCUGUAGUCCGCCAUCUCUUGAAGUGAAAGUCUUGAAGACACUGGAGACACACAUUGCAGAGGAACAACUAACGGGACAAAAAAGAGACAGUAUGGUCAAAUCAGAACUGGUAGAAAAAUGUAGUCCAUCUUUUGAACUGAAAAUCAAGAAGUCUGUUGCUUCAACAAAAGAAUGCAUUGCAGAUGAAAGACAAAAAAGUGACUGUAUGAUGCAAUCCGAACUGAGACAAAAUUGUCCAGAUGUCAAGAUGCCUAAAGUUUCCUCUCCAGAGAAAUGCAUUGCAGAUGAAAAACCAAAAAGAGACACUAUGGCAAAAUCAGAAAUGGAAGAAAAUCAUCGUUCACCAUCUCUUGAACUGAAAGUAAAGUCAAAUCUUGCUUUGCCUAAGGCAUGCAUUGCAGAUGGAGGACUAAUAGGUCACAAAAGUGACCGUAUGGGAGAAUCAGAACUGGGACAAAAUUGUAGCCCACUAAAUCCUAAACUAGAAGUCAAGGAGCAAACUGUUGCUUCAGCAGAGGACUGCAUUACAAAUAAAGGAGCCACAAGAGAAAAAAGUGACGGUAUGCUAAAACCAGCUGAACGGGAGCUAACUGAGAUUGAACCAAAUAAGCAGAAAAACACAAAAAAUGAGAAAAUUAAGCAAUGCAGCAGAUCAUUUCCAAAAAACACUGCAUUUUCCAAACAUAAGCUAAAAUCUGGUAGCACUAGUACUGGUUCUGAUGAUUCUGUUCUUUUCACUCCAGAUGUUGUGGUUAAAAUGAACUGGCCACGAAAGAAAAAUCCACCUGGUGCAUCUGGAAACAAACGGCGUAGUAGUGAGAGUCAAAAAUGCAAUAAGAUGAAAAAAUGCAAAGAACACAGGCAAGAAAGACAGGAUAAUCCUGACACAACGAACCAUAGAGAAAACCCGACAGAGAAAGUGUCCGGACAAUCAAAUGACACACCACCCCACGGGUCAGAAAAGAAGCUGGAGCUGCAUGGUAUUCUGUCAGUGAAUAAAAUAAAAAGCACCGAACCAAAGAAAGUGAGAUUUGACUUGUAUGGGUCCAAAACUGAAAAACAGUGCUAUGCCCGAGAGCGCCGUUUUUCAGCCCCUGCUUCCUUAACGGUCUCUGAUAAAGACUAUACUGACGUGCUUUCUGCAAAACAAAAAGUUCUCAGCCAGUGGAGUAGCACCUUCAUACCAAAAACAAAGAAGACUUCUCCUCCCAGGUCACCACAGAAGAAAAAAAUGCAGAAACCUCAGGACCUCUUGAAGUCAAAUAUGAGUGCAUUAAAAAGCCAUUUGACUCACAGAGCCCAGCUAUUAUCUAGUAGUGACAGAGAGAUGAGUCACUUUAGAAAACCAUUUUUUCAUCAAAAGCUUACAAAAACACUAAGCGGCUAACCUGUGUCUAGCUGCUACGUUUACUUAAAUGUGUUUACACAUAACUGUAUCUGUAAUGUGUGACAGCAGCUUUCUGUUGAUGAUGCUGAGUAUAUUUUAUUGGUAUUGAGAGCUAAAUAAAAAGUUUAUUUUUCUAGGGCAUUAUUGUUUGUAAUAUACUACACUGUGACUGAAACAGUCAUUUUGCAGUGUUGUUUUGUAAGUAAAGCUUCUUUUUUUUUUUACAAUUUGAAGUACUUCUGAAUGUUGUUGCAUAAUGUAAAAUAUAAAUAUAUAUUUGUAUUGAGAAAUAAAUGACUGAAGAGUUUA